UUGAUCGUUAUUUACGUUAAAUCUCUGAUCACCCGACUCGAUGUAAUCAUUCACUACUAAACGUGUCUAAAUAAAACAUAUAUACAUGCGUUUCGUAUAAUUGACUGUGGUAUUCUAGAAAAUGCAAAUCUCCUUUAGAGCUGUAUUGUAAAUUGCAGCUUUUAACGAGUAAGAAAUACCGAUACCUUUGCGCAUUCCUCCUACGUCCGUCCUCUACCACGCAACGGUCAAGUACACGGUCAAGGUGAAGGUAAGUGGUCUCCCGAGCGGCGCGAUGCGGGUGACGAGAAAUUCAGUUUUGCUAUGACCGUUGCCUGGUAGACAGGCCCCGAGACCGGCUUGCGAGAGAGUCUCGAGAGUAUCGCGAAGCGGACCUUUCCCUCAUCCUUGCCCCUUAUUGGACUAACGUCAUGGAAUUUCGGGCGUUUGUCAUGGCAAUUUUGUGCGUAUCAGCUUGUGCCGAAAAUCAUGAAAAGUCUAAAAAUACCAAACCAGUCGUGAACGACAGUGAAUCCGCGCGAGGAGAGGAACCUCCAGAGGGAUAUUACGCGUUUGUCGAAUCACCGAACGCGGAACCACCCAGAGUUCGGCCGCCGCCGUACAUCGACAGCGACAAAGAAUGUUACGGUAGCGAUAAGAAAGGAAAGGGGUUCGUUUCGAUACAUAAUAUCUGUGGCGAUUUGAACAAAGGUUACAUCCCGCGAAACCCGAUGAAUCAGUACGUCAACGGCUCAUCGUAUCCUUUUGCACUGAUAAAGAAUCAUACCCUCAAGUUUCUCAGCAAGGCGUUACCAAUUCUCAAGGCUGACGACUCGCUGCCAAAAGUUGCCAAGGUGCACCCGUUGUCGCAAAAUUCCAUUGAUGCAGACAAGGAAGAAAAGCGCGGCAGAAGCAAACGAUCUAGCUCGUUAGACUCGGUUUUAGCUACAAACAGCAGUCGAAACGGUCGCAAAUUUUGCGAAAACAGCGGUGGAGUGGUGUGCAUGUUGUACAAGGCGAUUCAGGGCGAGCCAAUCGCGUCAUCGACAUCAGCCAUCGAACGUCGAGACGAACCCUCGACGUCGGAAUACCGCCGAGGAGAACGCGUGCCAACGCAAGAGAAAACGGAAUACACGGGUCCCCCAACGCCAUGUCCGGCUAAAGUCGAGUAUGCGACUCCCGUCUUUGCCAAGAAUUAUCAGGGUGUCUGGAGAUACGUGGUGCAGAUACCGUACGAGGGUUAUUUCACGCAGACCAUCGAGCUCACCAGAUGCAUGCAAUCGAGAUGUCAUUAUUUGGACGGUGGAUGCCUAUCAUCGCCCAGAUGGACGAGUCUGCUGGUCGCCGAGAUAUUUUAUCCGGACACGUUCUUAGAAGAAAACCAGGCGGCUGGCCCCGGAUCUGGUACUCGGGAUCCUGUCGCCGGGUCGCCACCACCAGUCCACGACUUCCAAAAUUAUCAACAAUAUUUACAGAAACGUGCGAGCAAUGGAGAGGCACGUAACAGUGGUGGCGGCGGUGGUGGUCAGCAGCAUCACUGCGACGGUGUCGAUGAAAUGGGAUGCUUCCAGGUACGGCUGUACUACGACUGGUUCCUGGUACCGGGAAGCUGCAAGUGUUGGCGACCGGAUUACUUCAAUCGAUACGUCCGUCGCAGCGGCUCCAAUAUCGAAUUAUGAUAAGUAUCCCGAAGGUUUCUCUACGAGAAAAUUAUAUUACUUCACAAGCGAUUGGUUCGAGCGUCGAUCCGCGAAGAUCCGGGACGAUCUCAUACGAGCGCUCGAAGCUGAAGUAUCGCGCAUAGUCAAGCGCUGACGUAUCUAUUAAUUUAUACGAAACGUUAUUUAGUCAUGCAUCGUGCACGCUGUCGGCGACUCGUUUCAUGCUGCUUUGUAUAAUACGAGCGUGCUAGUUUACGGCAAUAUUAGUAGAGCAUAAUACGUUGAAGCGAUACCCUUAUACGAUCUUAUAGCGAUCUUCCUUGCUCGGUAACGUCGCGACAUAAUGGGCAUACAUCGGCUCAAUUUUAGCCGUACGAAUUAAUAUAUUAUAUAAUAUUUAAUAUUUAAUAUAAAAUAAAUAUCUCGUGAAGGUACGUAUUACCCUCCGACUUGCGUAGGCGAAGAUAUAAAACUGUUCCGUACGCUGCAGAUUCGAUGUCAUUUUUUUCAAUCUUUUCCAUUUUCAUUUAGUCUCAUAAAGACGCACGCAAGAAUAUCGCUGCGACGCAUUAUAAUAAUGUAAUAAUCGAGGUAUAAUGAGGACAUGUACAUACCUGCGAAUGACCGUCCGCGUCACUGUACUUUUCAGCGGGGAAGUAAUGGCGUAAAGAACGCAAUGAUUUCAAGGAGGCCAAAUGGAUUCCGAGCACGCGACAAACGGAUCACUGACGAUCGCAAUGCGGAUUAUCGCGCUUUAAACGCGUUGCGUUUUACAUAACCCUUAUAAAAGAUGCUUUACACUCGUGAGAGGUUAUCGUGUUUGGGAUUUGCUUGCAAAACCGCGAAAAAUACGAAGCGGUUUGCGACUCUCCAAUCGCGCGCAUAUGUUCGGUGACCGCGAAAUCUAUCGAACUGCGACACUGCGAUUUCGAGAUAUCGAAACAAUCGAAGCGGCAAAAUAUGGCGUCAAUUUAAAUCGGUUUUUUUCACUUCCGCUACGUUAGAUUGUCUUUAUUAUAAUCGAAUGCACAAUUCAAAAGAAAAAAAAGCAAACUGAGUAAAAAUUCAGAGAAAAUGCAAUCGAGAAGAAUAGAUUUUUGAUUGUUCAUGAAGAUCAUAUUUUUCGUCUUGCGCAUUCUGUGCAAAUCUUUCGUAACAUACUCCAAGCAGUGGCGUCAGAAAACGACAUAAUAACGUCCAUACACUAUGAUGUCUAUGAUGUCACUAUGUUGUCUUCUAAUGUCAUUUUGCUACUUGGAUGGCGUUUUCUUCAAAAGAAAAAGGGAUAAAGUAUGAAAAGGUGGCGGGGAAAACAAUUACAGAAAGAUGACGGAGACGAAUAUCGUGUGUCUCGGCGUGUAAAACUUCGUCAUGAUCUGAUUAUCGUGAGCUCGAGAUCAGGAAACAUUUGUCACACGAUUAUUUAUCAAAUGCAUUUUGGUUUUAUUAAAAUCAAAAUCGAAUUCAAUGACUAGAUUAAGUUGAUCCAUGACGAAACUGCACUUUUUUUGCUAUUAUAAUAUAAUGUAAUAAAUAGUAAGUACGACAUUGAUUGGCGAUGUUGAAGAAGUCAGACGAGCGAUCGCCAAAUUAGCAAAAGUCCGAUAGUAAAACACGACGACUCUACAAGAUCGAGAGUACAACGUAUGCAACAAAGUAUACAGUGCGCUUUCCAUCAUUAUUUACGAUGUAAAUCUCGGUGUUGAUUCGCUGUGUUCGCACGUGUGUGUCCACAUAAAAAA